CGUUUCAGGGUCCGUACAAAAUUGCUCUCCUCCCCUCUCCCUCGUCUCCUCUCUCACAGAGAAAAUCCUCCAUCUGCCGAAAACCUAUCGCUCUCUCUCUCUAUCUGUGCAGUUCGCUUUGGCUUUCUCUCUCUAGCUCUUCGUCUCGUUCCCCACUUGUUUAUGAUUGAAUCGAGGGGGAGCUGACACACUCGGACAUGGCGGCCGAAGGUUCUUCUUCGAAAUCGAGCUCCACGGCGGAUUCGUACAUCGGGAGCUUGAUUAGCUUGACCUCGAAGAGCGAGAUCAGAUACGAGGGGAUUCUCUACAAUAUCAACACCGAGGAGUCCAGUAUUGGUCUCAGAAAUGUGAGAUCCUUUGGAACAGAAGGGCGGAAAAAAGAUGGUCCACAAGUCCUUCCAAGUGACAAAGUCUAUGAGUAUAUUCUGUUCCGGGGGAGUGACAUCAAGGAUUUGCAGGUUAAAUCUUCUCCACCACCUGCUCAGACCGCAGCACCAAUAAACAAUGAUCCGGCUAUAAUACAGUCUCACUACCCUCGCCCAGCUUCGGCAUCUACGAGCCUGCUUUCUUCUAAUAACAGUCCUGUGACCGAUAUUGGCUCCCAUGCUCCACAGAUGGGUCUUCCCAGUUCAAAUUUCCAAGGUGGCCUUCCUUUAUAUCAACCUGGAGGAACUGUGCCUUGGGGAACUUCACCUCCUCCACCUGGUUCAAACCCUACAGGGCUUCCAAUGCCAAUGUACUGGCAAGGAUAUUAUGGACCUCCAAAUGGGCUACCUCAUGUGCACCAGCAGUCUUUGCUUCGAACCCCACCUGGGUUGUCUAUGCCUCCUUCAAUGCAGCAGCCGAUGCAUUAUCCUAACUUUAAUGUCAAUUUAUUGACUGGGCCAUUAAACAUGCCCGAGGCAUCAGCUCCUUCGGUCCCAGCUAGUAGUGGCUCAGUCAGCAUGAGCUCUACUUCCUUGACAUCAUUGGCUUCACCGUCUGGGCCCUUGGCUCCUUUAGGUUCUGAAACAUUAUCUGCUUCUUUGCCUAACAAGGCUCCUAUAUCUGCCCUUCCUGCGGCCACUUUAAGUUCCAGCUUGCCACCUUUGACUCCUCCAACAACAAUUUCUCCAGCAAAUACUACCCCAAUACCAUUAAUAUCUGCUAAGCCUGGUGCAUUGGGUGGUUCAGCCUUGCCAUAUCAAAGUGCAAUGCAGGCUAUCUCCUCUCUUGCGGGGCCAUCUGAUUCUGUUCAGAAACAGGAAGUGGUGCCAACUCCAGUGCUUCCACUGAUAACGCCAGGCCAGCUUUUGCAGUCUGGGGGUUCUGGCGUUCCUGUAUGUCAGCCUCCCAGCAUUCCCGUAUGUCAGCCUUCCAGCAUUCCCGUAUGUCAGCCUCCCAUCAUUCCCGUAUGUCAGCCUCCCAGCAUUCCCGUAUGUCAGCCUCCCAGCAUUCCCGUAUGUCAGCCUUCUAGCAUUCCCGCAUGUCAGCCUUCCAGCAUUCUCGUAUCUCAGCCUUCACAAACUGAUCACAAAGAUGUCGAGGUGGUUCAAGUAUCAUCAUCACCAAAAUCUCCGGCACCGCUUGCAAGGGAAGCUCAGCCACCCAUAUUGCCAUUACCGCCUCCUGCAAGGACUGGUUACAAGCCAAAUGGUGCUCCAUACUAUAAUCGUCAUGGAUACAGAAACUAUGGAGGAAGGGGAACUGGGGGUUCCCGUUCAGUGACAAGAUUUACCGAGGAUUUUGAUUUUAUUGCAAUGAAUGAGAAAUUCAACAAGGAUGAAGUUUGGGGAAAUCUUGGUAAGAGUACCAAGGUUCAUUCAAAGGAUAAAGAUGGAGAUGCAAUUGCCAGUGAUGAGGAUGACUACGGCGAUGAAGACGAUGGUGAAGUAUCAAAGAAUGCAGCCAAGCCUGUUUACAACAAGGAUGAUUUCUUUGACUCGCUCUCCUGCGACGCACUUGAUCACAAUUCCCGCAAUGGGAGGACUAGAUUCUCUGAGCAACUGAAGAUAGACACCGAGACGUUUGGUGAUUUUCCAAGGCAUCGGGGGGGCCGAGGUGGCCGUGGGCCUGGUCGUGGCGGCUGGUCCCGUGGCGGAUAUUACGGAGGAAGAGGGUAUCGCAAUAACUAUUAUGCUGGGAGGGGCCGGGGUAGGGGUGUUUACAGCCGUGCCCCAUAGAGACUUUCAAUCUCAAACACAGCUGUAGGGUAAAUGCUUGUCGUGUUUACUGUUUCAUGGGCUUGCUUACUGGCUUACUAGGAGAAUAAACUUAUAGCCUUUGGGUCAAUUAACUACCAAGAAAAACUUAGUUUUUUAGAUUGGUUUUCUCCCAUGAUUAGGAUUUUUCCAUUGAUAGGGCCUGUGUUUGUCUACAUAAGAGGUGCUGCUUGUUUAUGUAUCGGUAUUGGUAGUGUUCUGUACAAUCAGCAAGGGGAAGAUACAAUUCUGGUCAUGGAGGAGCCUUUAGAUUUCUUUUCUGUCGAAUUAAUAAUGUUGGAUUUACAAUGCUGUACAAUGCUGUUGAUCUCUACUGCAAUCUCCACUUUUCUUGUA